GAUACUUGGUGAAUUAGUACGACUGGGUUUGAGUUUCUUGCUGUCAGUAUGUCUUCCGACAAUCCUAGCAUUCCCAUGACAUCGAUUUCUCCCCCUUUCCAAGCUAGAUGGGAUAUCUAUUACGAGAAUGGCCUCCCAUCGGGCAGCUGAAGAGGUCAUAGUCGAUAGUCACCGUAUCACAGGACCAUUGAAAACCCCGCCUAGGCGCCCACGUUACUCUCCUCUUCCGUCCGCAUCCAGAGUCCAGACUUCCAGACUCCAGCGGCGGAAGAUGUGCAGGACGCGUCGAUGGCUUGCAACUGGUAGGCUUCCGGGCUACGGCACACGACGGUCAUGGCUUGCGGCGCCACCGCCCCAGAUAUCCGCUGUAACGAUGCUGCUCAUAGGCGGGUUUUCUCCAGGCUAUCGUCCAAUACGGAAUACCUGGUGAAAAGCUUCUGGAAGGACCAGGGAGAGCAAGCAUAGAAAGGAUAGCAGCUUGGAAAAGAACGAGGGACACGCGACACAAAUGACCCUCUCCGAGAGGGUCAUUCCAUGGU